AUGGGGUGUAGUGAGGUGAGGGCACUGCUCUGGAGAGUCGGCCUCCUCCUCCCCCUGCUGACAGCGCGCCCCGCCGCCGCCGGGCACGUCGCCAGCAACCACGUUGUGUUACUUGAUACUACAACUGCCCUUGGAGAACUAGGAUGGAAAACAUUUCCCUUAAAUGGGUGGGAUGCCAUAACUGAAAUGGAUGAACACAACCGUCCCAUCCACACCUACCAGGUGUGCAACGUGAUGGAACCCAACCAGAACAACUGGCUGCAAACCAACUGGGUCUCCCGCGACGCCGCGCAGAAAAUCUACGUGGAGAUGAAGUUCACCCUGAGGGACUGCAACAGCAUUCCCUGGGUGCUGGGGACCUGCAAGGAAACAUUCAAUCUCUAUUACAUGGAGUCAGAUGAGCCUCAUGGAGUAAAAUUCAAGCCAAACCAGUACACCAAAAUUGAUACCAUAGCUGCUGAUGAGAGCUUCACCCAGAUGGACUUGGGUGACCGCAUCCUCAAGCUCAACACAGAAGUCCGUGAAGUUGGGCCCAUCAACAAGAAGGGAUUUUAUCUGGCUUUCCAGGACAUUGGAGCAUGCAUUGCUUUGGUGUCAGUCCGUGUCUAUUACAAGAAAUGCCCUUUCACGGUCCGUAAUUUGGCCAUGUUUCCUGACACCAUUCCAAGGGUGGAUUCUUCCUCGCUGGUGGAAGUACGGGGCUCCUGUGUGAAGAGCGCUGAGGAACGGGACACCCCAAAAUUGUAUUGUGGGGCAGAUGGGGAUUGGCUGGUGCCUCUGGGACGAUGCAUCUGCAGUGUGGGAUAUGAAGAGCUGGAGGGUUCCUGUCAUGCUUGCAGGCCUGGAUUCUAUAAAGCAUUUGCUGGAAAUGUGAAGUGCUCCAAGUGCCCUCCACACAGUUUGACUCACAUAGAAGCAACUUCUGUCUGUCAGUGUGAGAAAGGUUAUUUCAGAGCUGAGAAGGACCCACCAACUAUGGCAUGUACCAGGCCACCCUCUGCUCCGAGGAAUGUUGUUUUUAACAUCAACGAGACAGCUCUGAUGCUGGAGUGGAGCCCCCCGAGCGACACGGGCGGGAGGAAGGAUCUCACCUACAGUGUGGUGUGUAAGAAGUGCGGCUCGGACGCCAGCCAGUGCGAGGUGUGCGGCGGCGGCAUCCGCUUUAUCCCGCGGCACACGGGGCUCACCAACUCCUCCGUCACCGUGCUCGACUUCGUGUCCCACGUCAACUACACCUUCGAGAUCGAGGCCACCAACGGCGUCUCGGAGCUCAGCUUCUCCCCCAAGCAGUUCACGGCCAUCACGGUCACCACAGACCAAGAUGCACCCACCUUGAUAGGUAUGGUAAGGAAGGACUGGGCUUCCCAAAACAGCAUUGCCCUCUCCUGGCAAGAGCCGGACUUUCCCCAUGGAGCAAUUCUGGACUACGAGAUCAAGUACUAUGAGAAAGUCUACCCACGGAUAGCGCCGGCAUUUUGGCACUACCUGCGGGUAGAAGAGCAUGAGCAGCUCAGCUAUUCCUCCACAAGGUCCAAGGCUCCAAGUGUUAUCAUCACAGGUCUCAAGCCAGCCACCAAGUAUAUAUUUCAUAUCAGAGUCAGGACGGCAGCAGGAUACAGCGGCUAUAGCCAGAAGUUUGAAUUUGAAACGGGAGAUGAAACUUCUGAUAUGGCUGCAGAGCAGGGACAGAUUCUUGUAAUUGCCACUGCUGCUGUGGGUGGAUUCACUCUGCUGAUCAUCCUCACCUUGUUCUUCCUCAUCACUGGCAGAUGCCAGUGGUACAUAAAGGCCAAAAUGAAAUCUGAGGAGAAAAGAAGGGCUCAUUUGCAAAAUGGACACUUACAUUUCCCAGGACUCAAAACAUACAUAGAUCCAGACACUUAUGAAGAUCCAUCUCUUGCUGUCCAUGAGUUUGCCAAGGAGAUUGAUCCUUCAAGAAUUCGUAUUGAAAGAGUCAUUGGGGCAGGGGAGUUUGGAGAAGUUUGCAGUGGACGUCUGAAGACACCAGGAAAAAGAGAGAUCCCUGUUGCCAUAAAAACUCUAAAGGGUGGCUAUAUGGACAGGCAGAGGAGAGACUUCCUGAGGGAGGCGAGUAUUAUGGGACAGUUUGAUCACCCAAAUAUCAUUCGCCUUGAAGGAGUUGUUACAAAAAGAUCCUUUCCGACCAUUGGGGUGAAGUCUCUUUCGAGAUUCCUGAGGGCGGGAUUUUUAAAUAGCAUCCUGGCCUCACAUCCCGUGGCAGGGGGUGGAUCUUUACCCCCCAGCAUUUCCUCUGGCAGACCAGUAAUGAUUGUAGUUGAAUACAUGGAGAAUGGAUCCCUUGACUCCUUCCUGCGGAAGCACGACGGGCACUUCACGGUGAUCCAGCUGGUGGGAAUGCUGCGGGGCAUUGCCUCUGGCAUGAAGUACCUGUCGGACAUGGGCUACGUGCACCGGGACCUGGCGGCGCGCAACAUCCUGGUCAACAGCAACCUCAUGUGCAAGGUCUCUGACUUUGGCCUGUCACGGGUGCUGGAGGACGACCCCGAAGCUGCCUACACCACAAGUGGUGGAAAGAUCCCCAUCAGGUGGACAGCUCCCGAAGCCAUCGCUUACCGCAAGUUCUCCUCCGCCAGCGACGCCUGGAGCUACGGAAUUGUCAUGUGGGAGGUGAUGUCCUACGGAGAGAGGCCCUACUGGGAGAUGUCCAACCAGGAUGUUAUACUGUCCAUUGAAGAGGGCUACAGGCUUCCAGCUCCCAUGGGCUGCCCAGCUUCUCUUCACCAGCUCAUGCUUCACUGCUGGCAGAAGGAGAGGAACCACCGUCCCAAAUUCAGUGACAUCGUCAGCUUCCUGGACAAGCUGAUCCGCAACCCCAGCACCCUUCACACCCUGGUGGAGGAUGUCCUUGUAAUGCCAGAUUCACCUGGUGAAGUUCCAGAAUAUCCUUUGUUUGUUUCAGUCAGUGACUGGCUGGAUUCCAUAAAAAUGGGUCAGUAUAAAAAUAACUUCAUGGCAGCAGGUUUCACAACUUUGGAUAUGGUUUCAAGAAUGAAUAUUGAUGACAUUAGAAGAAUUGGAGUUGCACUCAUUGGACACCAGAGACGAAUAGUCAGCAGUUUACAGACUUUGCGGUUACACAUGAUGCACAUACAGGAGAAAGGAUUUCAUGUAUGAAAGUAAUAGAAGCAACUGUGUUUUGUGCCUCAGCAUUUCUAAAAUGGAAAAAUAUUCUCAUUCUUCCCUCCUGCUCUUCCCAACUUCAGAACUGCAGUCUCCAGUUCAGACUAUACAAGUACUUCUAUGUUAAUGCUUCCAAACCGGAAUUUUUAAUCACACUGCACAGCUCCUCCACCAGUUCUCUGCCGAUAAAAUCCUGGCCUACUGCAAGACUCUGGCUACACAUUGAUGAAUAACUCAGCAUGGAUGUGUAACUUUGUAUAACAGUAUUUGGGAAACUUUCAUGGACUUACUUGAAAGUAGUAAUCUAUUUGGCCUGGUGUGGCUUCUUUAUCGAUGUAUUUAGAAUUUGCUGGUAGAUCAAAAAGUAUUUGACUUCUUUCAUGUUCUGUGACCAUGUAACUUCCAACACCAAAUGUGCAAUCAAAAAGAAGUUUAACAUAAAUAUUUAUUUUAUCUCUUAAUUAAAUCCAAAAGUAUGUGUCCUAUCAUUAUAUUACUUUCUAAUAGUUUGAAUGCUGGUAAGCUGGUGCCUCAAAACAUUAGUAUUGUUUGCAGAAAUGACGGAUGAUUUUAUGUAGCGAGUUUUCAUUGUGUGAAUAAUUGGAAGCAUAGUGAGAGUAAUCUGUUUGAAAUCUUAAGGAAGGUUCUUGAUUUUCAAUUACUUUGGCACUCGACACUUUUUAUGCUUUAAAUUUUAGAUUAGAUUAGAAAAUUUGUUUA